AUGGCCGCCACAAGCAAUGUGACUGAAGUCAUUUUCUUGGGAUUUUCCCAGGACACGAAGGUGCAGAAAGUCAUUUCCGUGAUGCUUCUCUUCAUGUACAUGGCCAUCGUCCUGGGCAAUGGUCUCAUUGUAGUGACCGUCAUGGUUGGCAAAGGGCUCACCUCCCCCAUGUAUUUCUUCCUCAGCUUUUUGUCCUUUGUGGAGAUCUGUUACUGCUCUGUCACAGCUCCCAAGCUCAUCGUUGACCCUUUUAACAAGAGGAAAGCCAUUUCCCUCAAGGGCUGCUUCACACAGAUAUUUUUCCUCCAUUUCUUUGGAGGCACCGAGAUCUUCCUUCUGACGGUGAUGGCCUAUGACCGCUAUGUGGCCAUCUGCAAGCCCUUGCACUACGUCACCAUCAUGAACCGGCGAGUGUGUGGCCUCUUGGUGGGGGCGGCCUGGGGUGGGGGCUUGCUGCAUUCUGUCGGGCAAACCUUCCUCAUUUUCCAGCUGCCCUUCUGCGGCCCCAACAUCAUUGAUCACUACUUCUGUGAUGUCCAUCCGGUGCUGAAGCUGGCCUGCUCUGACACCUUCCUGAUUAGCCUGCUAAUCAUCGUGAACGGCGGCUCCAUCUCAGUGAUCAGCUUCACGGUGCUGCUGGCUUCCUACGGGGUGAUCCUGCACUCCCUGCGGAGCCACACCUCAGAAGGGCGGCGCAAGGCUCUCUCCACCUGCGCCUCUCACCUGGUGGUUGUGAGCCUGUUUUUCAUCCCCUGCUCCUUUGUCUACAUGAGGCCCUGUGUCACCUUUCCUGCAGACAAGAUAGUCGCUGUGUUCUACACGGUGCUCACACCUCUCCUGAACCCCGUCAUUUACUCCUUCAGGAAUGCCGAGGUGAAAAAUGCCAUGAGGAGGCUCAUGAGGAGGAAGGUGAUGUGGGAAGAGAAAUAG